AUGUAUGAUGUAAUUCCGGACCGAGAUGUGGACCCAGUGAUUGUGGUUCUUGAAUCUCCUAUUAGACUUAUGGGGUUUGGACCGGAUGCUUUUUCUGUUGAUCAACUUAUGGAGACUUCUUGUCCUUUGAUUGGUCCUUUGCACGAUGGUUUCUCCAACUCAUUGGAAGGUGUGUCCACAAAUGUUUUCUCUCCUAGUCGGAAGUGUAAGCAACUUCUCACGCCUUAUCAGUUUGAGCAACUUUUACGUGAAGUUUCCCAAGUGAGCCCUCGAUGUGCAUCCCUUCUGUCUUUGGGUCAUACCGCUCCUAAAUCGGCUGAUAGGUUCCCUUCUUGCAUUAUGUUUGAGGAAGAAUUGGACGAGGCAUAUCGUUUUAUAGCCCAUGCUGAAAACAUCAUUUCUACCGUGCUCAGGCAAUAUCUUAAGUUUUUUGAUGGGUUGUUGACCUUAAGGGAUCGGUUUUUAGUUGUCGAUGUGAAUCUACGGGUUGCCAAGGGUAUGAAUCUUGCGAGUGAAGAGAUGUUGGUGAAGUCGAGGAAAUGUAUGCCGACCUAUCUAUUCGUCAUCGUGACGUUGUGGCCAAGGUUGCCUUGCUAG